CCGAAAAAAGGCGAACAUCAUUGAGAACACAGAAAAUAUCAUCUCAGAAGCAAUAUUCAGAACCGGCAGAAAAGCCAGAGGGACCAUGUGAAGGGACGGGCAAGAAACAGGUGAGUGGAAGCAUAACAACGCUACUCAAAGAAAAAGGAAAGAAAGUAGAGGAGGACUUCAUAGUCCCCAAAGGUGCAAUGGACCAUUUCAUAAACUUAAUGAAACUGCCGCAAACUGGAAAUAAUCAACCUCUGCUUUCAGACUAUGAGCGAACUAUGAAUAUAGAGAGGUGGCGUGAAGGAACCCGAGCUGCACACAAGUUAAAUGUAGCUGAACGGGCCGCAUUUUGUGAACAAAACAACAUGACAGAGUUAGAACUUCUUCAAAUUGAGUAUGGAGAAGAUUGGUGGAAACAACCAUUGCCACUACCACCGAUUACCUGGCAAUUUGAAUUGGGGAAAGAUCUGGUGGCCCCAGAACAAAUCCCGAAGCUACCCACAAGAAUGCGACAGUUGCAUUCUUGGUACAAGAUGCAAAAAAGUAAGCUGUUCGGGGCAAGUUAUCUUGAUGAAGAUCUUCAUAAGGGGGAAGGCAAAGUGUGGGUUGAUUUCGAGCACUUGUAUCAUUUCUACCAACAGGUUGCUCUCGACGUCUCAAUUAUGACCUUGUGGACUGUAAUGGAGUCACACAAAUGUAGACGAUGUGGGAUUAACAAUAUAGGCUUCUUGAACCCUAGCACCAUACAUGAGAACACAGUCAAUUUACCAAGUACCGUUGACUACUUGUACAAAGCUUUCCUCUCCAUGCAGGAUAAAAGAUCCAUACUUCUUUCAUACAAUUGCUUUUAUCAUCAUGUCCUACUCGAUAUCAGCCUUAGCAAUAGUCGAAUCGAGGUUUCUGACUCACAAAAGAGGCCAUUAUCACUAAUCCAGCCCGUCAUUGAUGUCCUCAACAAGGCCUUCGCUAAGUACCGUAAGAAAAGCAAAAUCCAUAGACCUUUUUGGGGAGACUUCACUGUAGAAGAGGCUAAAUACAUCCUCAAGCAGCCUCCGGGCAAUGAUCACUGUGGGUUCUAUGUAAUGCAUUACAUGCACUGCUACACCGGCGAUUGCAGAAGCGCCGAAAUGAACACUGAGUUGGAUUCAGGUGAAUUGCUCAUGGGCGAGCUAGUAGCACUUCAAGAAGAACUAGCCGGAUGGCUUGUGGACUACGUGGUGAAGCCAGGAUCUGAGUACAACAUAAUCUAGGUGUAAUGUCUAGAUCGUAUCGUUCUUGUCAAGCAUUGUAAUAUAU